AUGCCCUGCUUCCAGGGCCUGGCCGUCAGCAUCCACACGCCUGACGGCCCGCUGCCCGAGUAUUCGAUCCAGAAGAACUCUCGCGCCCACCGCAUUACCUCGUACAUUCCCGUCCCGCCCGCCAAGGUCCCGCCUGGCGCCAGCAAGCCCGAACAGUCCACCUUCGCGAUCUCCAUCACCCUACUCACCCCCGGCCUGAACGUCCCAUACUCGACUCCGAAGCCGGGCCCCGACGACCCUUACCCGCGCCCCAAGGUUGUUGGCGGCUUGCCCGGCUAUGGCAAUGAGCGGGGAAAGUACGGCCCUGUAAUCGGUCCCUACAUUCCGCUGACCUCGUCGCCGAACGAAACAAUUGCUGCGUACAUAUACUUUGACGGCCGCGCGAAAGAGGAGGUCGCGACGCUGCUCCGGCGCGGCGAAGAAACAUGGGUCAAUUCUCGCUGGGUCAGCGUGCCCGAAUCGGAGGGAGGUGGUCUCGCCGAGCGCGAGUUCCUCUUCCGCGAGGUUGGACUAGAGCGCUGGCUCAAUGGCCUCGACCUCGAGGGCAAGGACAAGGAUGUGGCAGCCCGGAUAGAGCGGCGAAGGCAGCGCCUGGAAAAGAAGAGGCGGAAGAAGAGGGAGCAGAAAGGCAGCGAUGACGACGACGACGAUGAUGACAUGGAAACGGACAGGACGAAGACGACCAACAGGAACGGCGUUUUGCGUUAUGGCGAGGACAAGACGGUCGAGCCGCUGUCAGGCGAUGAGGGCUUGUUCACUUCGGACUCUGAUUCGGACGAUGAGCCGCCUAUGCCCGAAGCCGCAGGCCAGAUCAAGGUUGCAUUAUUCAGGGUUCUGGCGUCUGGGGAAAUCAAGAGAGGAGAAUACUCGCCGCAAUUCGACGCUCACGACGACGACGAUACCACUGGCGCGAACGGCGAUCCAGCCAAUGACGCAGAUGUUGACCACACGACGAGUUUCGCCAAGCCGAAGACAUUGGACCCCAAGUCAAUCAGCACGCAGACUGUAACGGGCAUUGAUCCGCCAGACAAGCCCUACGCCGUUUUCACAUUCCUGUACCGUGGCGAGAAGCAAUUACGCAAGAUGGGCAUUCUGCCAACCCCAAGCGCUGCUCCCAAGACGCCUGCCGCAACGAAGAGGAAAACAGGUCUUGACUUCUCCGCUCUGAAGCCACUUACGACAACCGGUACCAGGAAUUUUGCUGGUUACCGUGACCCCAACGCGUCGCCAACGAAAAAGACCAGGAGCGGCAAAGCCAAAGACGUUGACGACAUGGACAGCGACGCAGAAGAUGAUGACGAUGCACGAAUUGGCACAAAUGACGAUGACAUUGACAUCAAGGUGGAAGGCAAGGGUAUGCUGUCGGCCGAGGAUGUAGCCAGGCAAGAAGAAAUGGCCGAGGGCGUCCGAAAAAUCAAGCUCAAGCGCGCCCAUUCCGCAGACCCCGUUCAGGAUUCCCCGACAAAGUCUCCUGCGGAUUUCACACCCAGCGGCUCCGCCAGCGCCGCCUUAUCACCCGGCAGCGAAGUCCCCACCAGCGCCGCGGCAGCGCUUGCUGCCAAAGAAGUCGCCCCAGAAGCCGCGGUCGUGGGAUCGCCAUUCAAGAAGCAGCGCGCCAGCCUACCCGGUUUCGAUGAGGGUGUGCGCUCGAAUCUGGGGUCCGCGCUGGCGAACGCCUCCUCGUCAUCGGUGCUGGGCGGUGCGCCGCUGCUACAGCCGCGCAGCAUGAGCGACAGCAACGCAUCUGGCCAAACUGCUAGCGCGGCAGGGAGCUCUGUCGGCGUAGGCUCGGGCGCCGUGAUUAAGCAGGAAGAGACCACGAUGGAAGAGGAUGAAGAGCUCUGA